AAUGUCCACAAAUCCCUUUGGUGAUGAUCACGACGAUGAUAAGGAAAUUCUGGAAGGCUUCAUCUGUCCCAUCUGCCGAGAGGAUUUAAAAUCUUUAGAGUUCCUUAUAUCGCAUUUCGAAAAACAGCACCCAGAAGAUGAUGACCUAAAAACAACAUUCCGUGAAAUAUUUAGUAAAGCUAAGAAAAAAAUUAAAUCGAAUUUUGAGGAAACAUUCGAUCUAUCACGUAACUUGGAACGUAAUGCAGCGAUAUCACGUAGUGGUGGUGGCGCUGCAUCCGGCAACAGUUCGGAUCGACAGAGUAAUGCUCGUUCCCGCAUGAAUUGCUUUAAUUUUAUGGACUAUCAGGAAGUGGGUAGAGAACAACAACAUAUGGAACUAUUUCAAUCGGUUCGAAAUCCACGAUUGGAACGUUAUGCCAGUGAGACAAAUAAAUUGAUAAUACGUCUGCAUAAACUGCUUAAGGAUAUGCCCACAGAUGCGGUGCUGCGUAAACAACAUGAACAAAAUAUUGUACCAUGGCUAGAUGGUAGUUCGGUGAAAUUAUGUCCCAAUUGUGCCAAAAGUUUUAACAUAACGAGGAGAAAACAUCAUUGUCGCAUUUGUGGUAGCAUUAUGUGUCAUGAUUGUUCGAAAUUUCUUGCCAUUGAAGUUGCAAUGGAAUUGGCCAGCCUUACAAUGUCCCAAAGUGAACCACUAAAAAUGCCCAACGAAAAGCAGACAACUGGCGGUACAUCAACACCCCAACAACAAUACGAUGCAAUACGAUCGUGUGAUCAUUGCCUAUGGCUAUUGGAGACACGACAAGAAAUGCACGAAAGUCGUACAUGUCGGCCGCCAAUAACACAAAUCUAUGCCGAUAUACAACAGCUAAAGAAAAAAGUAAUGCCCGAUAUUGAAAUGUAUUUGAAAAUUGUAAAUAGUCUAUAUGAGGGUGAAUCGAUAUUUACGCUAAAUGAUGCGAGUGCAUUGCGUGGUAAAAUUGGACAAAUUGCCGAAGCGAUAGAUAUACUGAGUAAACGUAUUUUGGCAUUGCCAUGUGAACCGGGCACCCGGGAGGAGAGUCUCAAAAAAUCGAUACGUUUAUCGUGUAUACAAUUGAUUAAGGAAAAUAUGCUGUCACUGCCGCCUCUGCCAAAGGAAGAUGAGAUUCGACAAAUACAAGAACGUAAACGUAUGGAAACAGAAAUGCGUAUUGCCACUGAACGGAGAUUGGCAAUGGAGGCUUAUGAAAGAUAUGGUUUGGCCGAUUCGAAUGCUGAUCAGAGUAUACGAUCGGAGGAUUAUGCUCAGGGGACCGACAUGCAAUGUCUUGAUAACUGGACAGCCCAUCAAAUACGCAACGAAAAUCUGGUACAAAGUGAUGAUCCUUUGGUGGAACAAAUCAACAUCAUUAAGGGUUACAUUAAACAAGCUCGACAAGAUUUAAAUUUUGAAGUAGUUGAAACGCUGGAAAUGAAUCUAAGAGAGCUACAAAAAGAAUUCUAUGAACGCCAAAGAUCACUGAGUAAAACAGCAAAUACACCAACGGAUGAGAAUGCAACUGUGUCACCGACUAACUAA